CAAUAGUGCAUCUUUUACUACUACUAGCACUCUUUGGGUGAACCAUCAGAGUUAUCAGGUAGCUUUCGAAUUACCCUCACCAUGGGGCUUUCGCGCAAUUGGGAUUAUUAUCACUUCAUACUUGUCUUCAUUUUCAUUUUACCAGUUUUUACGACAGUUUAUGCUCAAUGCUCAUCUCAUCAUUUUAGUUGUCGGAAUAAUAAAUGCAUACCUAUCACUUGGCAAUGUGAUGAUGAAAAUGACUGUGGUGAUGGUUCUGAUGAACUAAGUUGUGAGGUAAGAACAUGCUCUGAUACAGAGUUUGUGUGCAAUAAUGGAAAGUGCAUUCCAAGUCGAUGGCAAUGUGAUAAUGAAGAUGAUUGUGGUGAUAAAUCAGAUGAAGAUCUUAGUAUUUGCAGUAACAGAACAUGCCAAGCAGGACAGUUCACAUGCAAUUCCCCACCUGGUGCUUGUAUUCCAAUUUCUUGGCAUUGUGAUGGACAAAAAGAUUGUGUAGAUGGAUCAGAUGAAGAAGAAGACUGCAGUCAGAUUACUUGUUCAGAUGAAGAAUUUACUUGCAAUAAUAAUAAAUGCAUUACAAAAAGAUGGGUUUGUGAUCAAGACAAUGAUUGUGGAGACAAUAGUGAUGAAAAAGAUUGUGCUCAAGUUACUUGUUCCUCUUCUGAAUUUGCUUGUGGUAAUGGGAAGUGCAUAGCUGAUAAGUGGAAAUGUGAUGGGUCAAAUGAUUGUACUGAUGGAUCUGAUGAAGAAAAUUGUCCUACCCCUAAAGCUUCAGUGUGUAACGGCCGAGAAUUUAUGUGUGCAAAUAAAAGGGACUGUGUGCACAUAAGUUGGCGUUGCGAUGGGGAUCCAGAUUGUCCUGAUGGAUCUGAUGAGCUCAAUUGCACAAAUACAUGUAGACCAGAUCAAUUCCAGUGCAAAAACAUGCAGUGCAUACCUGGACAAUUACAGUGUAAUGGUAUGGAUGAAUGUCCUGAUGGAUCGGAUGAAGAAAAUUGUGAAUCAUUGCAUCCUGCUAAGUGCAACCCAAAGACUCAGUUUGACUGUGGCGAUAAUCACUGCAUUUCAUUAAGUCUGGUGUGUAACUCUCACAAUGACUGUGGGCAGUAUGAAGAUGAACCUCAAGAUUUAUGCUAUAAAGAUGAAUGCAAGCAAGAUAAUGGAGGUUGUUCUCAAAUUUGCAACAAUCUUCCCAUAGGCUUUGAAUGUCAGUGUCGUGAAGGUUUCACGUUAACGGAUAAUCGUACUUGUGAAGACAUCAAUGAAUGUGAAACACCUGGAUCUUGUUCUCAACUUUGUUUUAAUACUAAAGGGAGUUACAAAUGUGAAUGCCUGGAUGGAUACAUGCUGGAGCCAAAUAAUAACAAGAGAUGUCGAGCCAGUGAGGGUCGCACCAUCAUCUUAUUUGCCAAUCGUCAAGACAUCCGCAAAAUUGACAUUGAGUUAUCAGAAUCAUAUACAUCUGUAGUUAGCAAUCUCCGCAGCUCUGUUGCCCUGGAUUAUGAUUAUCGUACAGGAACAGUCCUAUGGUCUGAUGUGGUUGAAGAAGCAAUAAAAAGUGUGCCAAUUGAUGCUGGAGCUCCCAUAACAACUAUUGUAUCCAACGAGUUAGUACCAGAUGGCGUUGCUGUAGAUUGGAUCUAUGGACAUAUAUACUGGACAGACACAGGGAAGAAUCAAAUAGAGAUGAUUGAUAAGACUGGGAAAAUGCGGAAAACCAUCAUAAGUGGAGAUUUAGAAGAACCACGUGCUAUUGUUUUAGAUCCUCUUGAGGGGUGGAUGUAUUGGACUGAUUGGGGUGAGCCAGCAAAAAUUGAGCGUGCUGGCAUGGAUGGCAGUCACCGAGCAACCAUUGUCUCAACAGAUAUAAAAUGGCCUAAUGGUCUUGCUAUUGAUUUUGUUACCAAGAAGAUCUAUUGGGCUGAUGCCAAAAAUCAUAUUCUGAGCAGUGCUGACUACAAUGGUGACAACCGAAGAGUAAUUCUGUCAAAUCCUGUAGUUCUGAAACAUCCUUUCUCCAUUGAUGUUUUUGAAGACUGGAUCUACUGGACAGAUUGGGAGUCUGAAGCAAUUCACAGAAUGAAUAAAUUCACUGGUGGUGAAAUAACUAAUAUUGCUACUGGAAUUUUCUCACCUAUGGACAUUCACAUUUAUCAUCCCUACAAACAACCUGCAGGAAAGAAUUAUUGUGGUGAGAUGAAUGGUCACUGCUCACAUCUAUGCUUACCUACUCCACAUAUUAAUGAUAACUCUCCUCGUUAUACAUGUGCUUGUCCAAAUGGCAUGGAGCUUGCCCAUGAUCAUACUACCUGCAUCACCCAAGAACAUUUGAACACUUCUGUCACUGAGAAUUAUGCUCUGUCUACUACCUCUGUUUCACAAGGCGGGAAUGUUAAUGUUGCCAUCACUGUGAGUUAUCCUCUUUCUUCCACCUCUACGGUUUCGCAAGACAGUGAUGUUCAUGUUGCCACCAGCAGUACAACAGAAUCAUACAAUUUCAUUAAUGGCUCAAAUUCUUCAAGAUUCGAUUUUGGCAAUAUUCAGCCCUCAGAAAGCUCCAUCAUAGGGAAUUUUCUGUCCUAUGGUGGCAGAGUUUUCUGGAUUCAGCCUGGUUAUUGA